CGCGACGCGCUCGCGUCCUGCAGGAAACUGGUAGUCCGAUACGUGCCGGGCCACACAGGAAUUGCGGGGAACGUGGUGGCCGACCACCUUGCAGGGUACGCCAACGAGCCAGACCUGCAAGAAGAAGGGGAACCAAUCACGCACCGCCAGUUCAAAACCGAGGCCAAGAGAGUGGUGCGGAACGCACUGCGCCAAGACCUGGAGGACAGGCAACACCAAGCAGAAACCCGAAGCAAAACCGCGACCACCCUGGCAGCAACAGGGGGGUGGGGCCAGGACCUCACCGCGGACGGAGUGGAGCGAACCGGCCAAGCACUGUACUACGCACUCCGCUUCGGCCUGCUGGCCGCGGAGGCAUCGGGGGAAGACAUGCCGUGCGCCCUGUGCGGGGCACCGUGCGCAACAACAGCGCAC